AUGUCGUCGAUCGCCACCGAGGACGAUAUCGUGGAUCGAUGGAUCGAAAUCGACGACUCAAUCAGCGUACCCGAUCAGACACUCGAUGAAAUCCUCGCUGAUUUGAAAGCGCAAAACGAUCGUGGUGGAGGUGGCCAUGCAAGUGCCUUAACCGCUUCUCUUGCUCACAUUGCUGUCGGUACAAGCCGUGGCUUAGUAUUGGUGUUUGGUCGAGAAAAUCAGAGGUUGGUGCAUUCGGUAUCAUCAAAUGGUUGCCCGGUAUCGUGUCUGAAUUUCAACAACAAUGGCACCCAUCUGGCUAUUGGCUACGGUUCAGGUCUGCUGCGUAUAUUCAACAUCGCCACUGGCAAGAUGGUUGAUGAAACCAACGAAGUUGUUCAACCCGGUAAAGGAAUCCUGCAAGUUAUCUUCGUCGGAAGUAGCAAAAGGUUUGCGUGUCUGGAUUCUGGAGGCUCAGUCGUAUAUCUGAAGAUGUUGGACAACGACCGAAUUCUCGCUUUCCUUUCACUACGAAAGUUAUUUCUUAUCAGUUUGAAGGAGAUGCGCCUAAUCUAUGCUGCUGCUCUUACAGGACCUGCUAAUCGACCUCCUUUGUUUGAUUGGCAAGCAAGAAAUGAGGUACCAUCGCUACAGAAUGGCUCGAAAAACAGUAUUUUUUGCGCUGGUCGUGGCUCGAAAGUUGAGUUUUUCCACAUCAGCAAUUCCGGUUUAGAUUCGAAAUGUAUGUAA